AACAGUUCCACUGGUGUAGCGCUAUCGGGCCGCUUAUGACAACUCCGAAGUCUCUACUCUGUUGACAUGUCCCUGUUAAGAUGUUCUUCGAAAUUGUUGUCAUUUUCAUCUUUCAAAGUGAUAUAGGCCAAGGAAGAUAUGGCGUAGGUGUUUUCUACGAUUUGUCCGAGUGGUCAACAGACGACCUACCCAAUAUCAAUGCUACCACUGGCACAGUCAUACCUUACCAUUAUUCCUUCGAAGGAAGUGACGUUUUUAACAUCACACAGAGAGUAUGUGACUUAUCUGGAAACGAGAUCUUAGGAUUCAUUACCUUCACCUCCUGCAACAAAGGCGACGUUAUCAACUACCACGCACAAUUACUUAAUUUACCUAAUGUCCUCGUCACCAAAGAAGAUGAACCAUGUAUUACGUCAUCUUCGCAACCAACGCUCGCGCUUCUUCCAGACUGUCGUCUGAUGAAUAGAGCAUAUGCUUCUGUUGCAAUGCAUAAAACUUGGAGAUCGGUCAACGUACUCUAUGAUGAAUUUUACGAUGAGUAUUGUAUCCAAGAUUUGGUGGACCAUUUCAGUUCUUUCUCAAUUUUUUCAACUGUAAUACACGUUUCUAAGGGCAGCGAAAUUGAAGCUUCAUUCUCAUUUUUGAACAUUGAGAAAGCGACAGUAAUCUUCACGGUUCUAGAUGUGAAUAGAACGGUAGAUCUGAUAUCAAAGGCCAAUUCCUUUGGGAUGUUCGCUAGACAGUUUUACUGGGUGAUGAAUAUUGAUUUCAAUAUCUUAUGGAACACUUACGCAUUGCAAAAUGGACAUGUUCUUACUGUCUCGACAAAUAUGGGUCCCAAAACUGAUGUGAGAGUAUCCAGUGCCAUCCUGACUGAUGUCAUUUCCGCCUACGGAUAUAGUUUGGAGUUAAUGUUAAAAUCUAACUCGUCAUACUCCAUAGGGAAAUAUGACUGUAACGACAACAGACCAACCACGGGCGGUAGACACUUGCUUCAAAGCCUGGUAAAGAAUUUGAUACAAGGAUCUUUGGGAACAUUGGCAUGGACCCUCUAUGGUGCCCAGGAUAGCACUGUGUAUAUCUAUAGUAGUCAAACUGGACAUAACACGUUUACAAAGGUAGCCACAUACAAGUACACAACUGGGUUCCACGCAGACGACUCGAGAUUAUUCAAGAACGUGUUUAAGGACUUCGGUAACAGAACCUUGAGAGUUGUUUCCUGGACAAGUACACCGUUCACAAUCAGAGGUAUCAGAGCCAACAACCAAAGUUAUUACUAUGGAUUUUGUUACGACAUCUGGGAUGAAUUUGCCAAAGUGUUCAACUUCAGAUAUGUGAGCAUUGACUCCAUAGACGGAACUUACGGAGGACCAACUGAUGACGGCAAGAACGGCACGGGGAUGGUGGGAAUGGUUAUGAGAGGGGAAGCGGAUGUCGGGAUUGGUCCGUUUACGGUAACCGCCGCCAGAGAGACGGUUAUUGAUUUUUUGACGCCGUUUCAAGAGGAGGGUGUGGGUAUUAUAAUGAGAAAAUCUGACGACACAACCGGUCGGAUGUUCCGGAUGUUCCUACCGUUUCAACCUAAUUCUUGGAUCGCCACUGCAAUGUCCAUCGUGGUUACUGGGUUUAUUUUAUCCUUGGUGUCUAUUUUGAGUCCGUACACUCGGAAAUCUGAUAAGCCGUGGUACAAAAAUGUGUGGCUUGCCUUUGGAGCCUUUUUUGGUCAAUUGGGUGGUGAUUCGACAACCACUUCCGCUUCCGGACGAGUGGUUCUGGGUAUUUGGUGGAUUUGUACAAUAUUGCUGCUGCAACUGUAUACAGCCAACUUAGCCGCUUAUCUAACGAUACCUCCUGCUAAGUCUCCAAUUAAAAAUAUCGAACAGUUGGCUGCAUCGUCUGAAUAUAAACCACUCGUGAAAACAGGAUCGAAUCUCGAUUUUCUUUUUAAGGGAGCAAAGAGUGGAGUAUACAAACAAAUUAGAGAUAAAAUGGAUGGCAUGCCAGUAAUUAAAACAACGGAAGCAGGAUAUAAUUUGGUUCAGACUGGCAAAUAUGCAUAUAUGACAGACGUAUCGCAACUUAGGUACAAAAUAUUAAAAGAUUGUGAAAAUUUACUUAUUCCUGAAGAGACUUUUCACAAAGCAGGUCUGUCCUUCAUCGUCAGAGAUGAUGCUGAAUUCAAAACAGCGUUCAAUAUGCAUAUGAUCAGGAUGAUAGAAGCUGGUUUAAUUGCCAAGUUUCAUUCAAAAUGGUGGCCCCGCGUAAGCGAGUGCGACGCACACAACUACGUGAAGACUGCUACAGAAUUACAGAUUGACAGCAUGGCGGGAAUUUUCAUCGUCUAUGCCGCCUUCACUGGACUUGCAAUAAUAUUUUUCAUGGCGGAAAUAUUUUUCUUCCAUCUCAUUCAGCCUUGUUUAAAAGAUAAGAAAAGUGAGGUGACUGAAGUAAAAAAGAACAAUGAGUCUUCUGAUGAAAAUGACUCAAACCACUCCUUAUAAGUAAUGGCAUGUUCUCAUACUUUGAUUUUCCAAUGGGUACGAAGAGUGACUACUUAGGGAAAAAGGUCGCCGGUGAUUUUAAUCCAAAUUUUGUUUUCACUAUGACAGGAUCCAAUGAUCUGUUUCCAUCGUAUUUAAAAUGUUCAACAAUACAACUUGUAAAUUAU